UCCACCAACAAAUAAUCAUGAAACCUCUGAGCAUUCUAACUCUCAAUUUCAUUCUUCUUGCCCUCAUUUCACACUCACAAGCUUCAUCUUCUACUAAUAAUUUUAUCAAAUGUCUCUCCAAAAAAUUCAACAACUACCCUUCCAUUUCAAACAAAAUCUACACCCCAAUCAACUCUACAUAUUCCUCAACCCUACAAAUAACCAUCCAAAAUCCAAGAUUCGCCUCAAAUUCCACCACAAAACCGAUCGCAAUCAUCACUCCUCAACACGAAUCACAAAUCCCACCACUCAUCCACUGCGCCAAACAUAGCGGCCUUCAGAUCAGAACUCGAAGCGGGGGCCACGACUUCGAGGGACUAUCUUACGUGUCCCGAGCCCCGUUCGUGAUCGUUGAUUUGAUCAAAUUUAGUCAAGUAACGGUCGAUGUCGACCACAAAACCGCUUGGGUCGGAGUAGGCGCAACCAUCGGUUCUUUAUACUACGCGAUCUCAGAGAAAAGUCCGGUCCUGGGCUUCCCGGCCGGGCUCUGCCCUACCGUGGGGAUCGGCGGGCACUUCAGCGGCGGAGGCUAUGGGCCAAUGAUGAGAAAAUACGGCAUCGCUGCUGACCACGUGAUAGAUGCGAGAAUAGUCGACGUCAACGGCAGAAUCCUGGAUAGAAAAUCAAUGGGCGAGGAUCUGUUCUGGGCCAUCAGAGGCGGCGGUGGGGCCAGCUUCGGCAUAAUCGUUGACUGGAAGGUGGAAUUAGUUGACUUUCCAGAAACAGUCACUGUUUUCAGAGUGAGCAGAACGCUGGAACAGAACGCGACUGGACUCAUUCACCGCUGGCAACACGUGGCUCCGAAGCUGGAAAAGGAUCUUUUCAUCGGGAUCAUGUUAUCCCGAACGAACUCCACGCAAUCCAAAAACGGGAUGACGGUUGUUGCUUCAUUUUACUCGUUGUUUCACGGCCCGAUCGAGAGGUUGCUCGUAAUCAUGGAACAGAGCUUCCCAGAGUUAGGGUUAGUUAGAGAAGACUGCAUAGAAACGAGCUGGAUACAAGCGAUGGUGUUUAUAUCAGGUGUUCCCAUUGAAACUCCCAAGGAAGUUCUGCUCAACAGAACUGAUCCCAACACGAGAAGGCCCUUCAAAGGAAAAUCGAAUUAUGUGAAACAACCAAUUCCUGAAUCUGGCUUGGAAGGGCUGUGGAGGCAUUUCUUCGAACAAGAAGCUGAGUCUGUGCUUUUCGCGAUGAAUCCUUACGGUGGAAGAAUGGCGGAGAUCUCUGAAUCCGCCAUUCCGUUUCCCCAUAGAGCUGGCAAUUUGUACAAGAUGUUGCAGGUGGUUUUCUGGGGGGAAGACGAGAAUCGAGAUUCGGACAAGUAUGUGAAGUGGAGUAGGAGAGUGGACAGGUAUCUGACUCCUUACGUUUCGAGGAAUCCGAGGGAAGCGUAUCUCAACUACAGAGAUCUCGAUAUUGGAGUCAACGAAGUUGAAGGGGUGACUAGCUAUGAAAAGGCUAGUGUUUGGGGGAAGAGAUAUUUCAAGGACAAUUUCGAUCGUCUUGUAAGGAUUAAGACUAUGGUCGAUCCUAAGAAUUUUUUUAGGAACGAACAGAGCAUUCCUCCUCUGAACUGAAUGCAGGGAAGAUGAGAUUCACAAAUAAAAACGUAUGUUCUCUCGCAAAUACGAUGUCACAUUAUUUGGUGUCCCUAAAACACCAUGUCAGAUUUGAUUUGGGCAAAUUUUGAUUUUCUGUACUAAUUAGUAGGACUGUAGGAGUAUUUCCUUUGUCCAAAAAAAAAAUCUGAUUUUUAAUUUGUGGUCCACUAAUGCUACUCACGUUUUCAUUUAUAGAAACUUUCUCAGCAUUGGUGAA